UUCUUCUUAUUGACGCGGUAUCAACACGACUUCUGCUUCUAUAGUCUUUUUCCUCCUUUUUCUUCCACCUCCCCAAAAAAUUCCAUUUCUCUCUGAAAAAAUCUUCUUCUCCCUCUCUCCACAUUCAUCCCUCUCUCCCCAAAAAAUACCAUUAAAAAAUGUUGAGAUUAUGUGCAAGGCCAUUAGAGAGAUGUUUUGGAAGUAGAAGAAAUGAUGUGUUAUUAUGGCAUACGGAUUUAAAACAAUAUGCUUCUGGUGAUUUCUCAAUUGCAGUAGUACAAGCUAAUUCAUCACUUGAAGAUCAAACUCAAGUAUUCACAUCACCUUCAGCUACUUAUAUUGGUGUUUAUGAUGGUCAUGGUGGUCCUGAAGCUUCUCGUUUUAUUAAUACUCAUCUCUUUGGUCAUCUUCACAAAUUGGCUUCAGAACAAGGUGGAUUAUCAACUGAUGUGAUUAAGAAAGCUUUUGGUAAUACCGAGGAGGAGUUUUUGAGAAUUGUUAAGAGAUCAUGGCCUGCUAGACCACAAAUGGCUUCAGUUGGGUCAUGUUGUUUGGUUGGAGCUAUUUCUGAUGAUGUAUUGUAUGUAGCGAAUGCUGGUGAUUCUAGAGCUGUUCUUGGUAAGAAAGGUUCUGGAGGGAGGAGGAGUAAUCCUGUUGUUGCUGAAAGGUUAUCGAUUGAUCAUAAUGUUGGUGUUGAGGCGGUUAGGAAAGAAGUUGAAGCACUUCAUCCUGAUGAUUCUCAUAUUGUGGUUUAUGUUAGGGGAGUUUGGCGAAUUAAGGGCAUAAUUCAGGUGUCAAGAUCUAUUGGAGAUAUGUAUUUGAAGAAACCCGAGUUCAAUAGGGAUCCUCUGUUCCAACAUUUUGGAUCGCCUGUUCCUUUAAAACGAGCUGUGAUGACAGCAGAACCCUCAAUUGAGAUUAGAAAGAUAAAACCUCAAGAUUUAUUUUUGAUAUUCGCUUCAGAUGGACUCUGGGAGCAGCUUACUGAUGAGGCAGCGGUAGACAUUGUUUUUAAAAACCCAAGACGGGGUAUAGCAAAGAGAUUAGUGAGCGCUGCCCUACAAGAAGCUGCUAGAAAGCGAGAGAUGAGAUAUGAAGACAUAAAAAGGAUCGAAAAGGGUACACGUCGGCAUUUUCAUGAUGACAUAAGCGUAGUAGUGAUAUAUCUUGAUCAACACCAACAACAACAUGGUAGCCGAAGUGACAGAUUUAGAGGACAUAAUACAGUUGAUUGUACUAAUGCCCCAGUCGAUAUUUUCUCUCUUAAUGCAGAAGAGGAGGAAGAGGUUCCACUUCAUUUAGGCUCCUGAAGGAAGUUUGUCGGUAGAAAAAGUAUGAUAUGAUCUGACUGCCUUGUGAAUAACAUAAAGGUAUACAUAUAUAAAAAUUUGAACCUAGUAUUAUAUUAAGGACGUAUCGUAAUGAGAGACUUUAGAUUGACAUCCAAGUAAGUUUUUGGUUAUGGGGGUGAGUUUAGUGUACAUAAAUCAGACAGGGAGGGAUGUUCUUUAAUCCAAGCUGGGGUUGACUGAACAAAUUGACUUCUGACUUUGUUUUUGUGUUGUUUUCUCUUUAUGAACCUUUCGUUGUUUGGUAGUGUUUCAGAAAGAGACGAUUUGAAUUGUAUCUGCAGAUUACACAUCUUGAUCUUGUGUUCCUCAUUUUGAAGGCAUGGCAGUAUUAGUUCUUUU